UACCAAAAUAUCUUUCCAAACGUGAACAAGGUAGUUGUCGAAGUGGCCAAAAAAAACGUCAAGAGGAAAUACAUCGGCUAUUGGGAUGCAUUAAGCAGUGAGACGUUUUUCCAUUUUAAACUCCUUUGGACUCGUCGCAGUUUUUCGUUUGUUAUGGAACUCAUACUUCAGCAAAAGAACAUUUAAAUCAGUCUGAGGAUCUUUUGACUGCUUGCAGUUUACAAGUUUGCUAUCAUAUUGGACACCCAAGAGAAAGAACUAGUCGCAGUAUCACCAUGGCAAGGUAUAACUUUUUGUUGUGUUUAACGGUUCUCAUUGGUUUGGAACUGUCCGGAAGCGACGAACCGGACCUUUUCUUUCCACCGGUGAGCGAGAUGCCCAUGGAUGCUGGCGUGUCGCUCAUCGAAGUGGAGGACGUUGGAGCUCGUGAGUGUUCCGCGUGCGUCUGGCGAGAACAGAGUAAAGUACUGCGGCUGGAGACUAUCAAAUCACAGAUCCUUAGCAAACUGAGAUUGAAACAAGCACCCAACAUCAGCCGUGAAGUCGUCAACCAACUGCUUCCCAAGGCGCCUCCGUUGCAGCAGCUCCUGGAUCACCACGACUUCCAAGGGGACGCUUCAUCCCAGGAAGAGUUUAUGGAAGCGGACGAGUAUCACGCCACCACGGAAUCGGUCAUCACAAUGGCAUCGGAGCCGGAACCGAUAGUGCAGGUGGAUGGGAAGCCCAGCUGCUGUUUUUUCAAAUUCAGUCCCAAGCUGAUGUUCACCAAGGUGUUGAAGGCCCAGCUGUGGGUGUACCUACGGCCCUUACAGCAAACCUCCACAGUCUACCUGCAGAUCCUCCGGCUUAAGCCUGUCACUGAACAGGGCAGCCGACACAUCCGCAUCCGCUCGCUCAAGAUUGACCUAAAUUCUCGAUCAGGCUACUGGCAGAGCAUUGACUUCAAGCAUGUCCUGCAAAACUGGUUCAAGCAGCCACAUACAAAUUGGGGGAUCGACAUAAACGCCUUCGAUGAAAGUGGUAAUGACCUCGCUGUGACCUCUCUAAGACCUGGAGAAGAAGGGCUGCAGCCGUUCCUGGAGGUGAAGGUUCUCGAGACAACAAAGCGCACACGACGGAACCUGGGCCUGGACUGUGACGAGCACUCCACCGAAUCUCGCUGCUGUCGCUACCCGCUCACAGUGGACUUCGAAGCCUUUGGCUGGGAUUGGAUCAUUGCUCCCAAGCGCUACAAGGCAAACUACUGCUCGGGACAGUGUGAGUACAUGUUCAUGCAGAAGUACCCGCACACCCACCUGGUGCAGCACGCCAAUCCCAGAGGUUCAGCAGGACCAUGCUGCACCCCUACCAAGAUGUCGCCCAUAAACAUGCUCUACUUCAAUGACAAGCAGCAGAUCAUUCAUGGCAAGAUUCCUGGUAUGGUGGUAGAUCGCUGUGGCUGCUCUUAGACAAAAGCAUGGCUUGUCUGGGCAUGGGGAGGAACGCAUCCACUCCCACAUUGCCCCUGAAUCUUGGAGUGUCACCUAUUUUCCUUUCCACUCAUGUUCUGGAAGAUCUACACAAAGAUAAGGAUACCAGUUUUAGUUUAUCACUGUAGUUCAACAGAUAACAGAAUAAUUAAUUGUAAAGCAGUAUAAACUGAGGCUGAAUUGGAAGAUAUUUCUAUAAAGAAUUUUGAAGAUUGAGUGUUGGAAGACCAUCUGGUGAGAGGAAAGCAAGACAAAACUAAUGGAAAAGAGAUACAAAUUUAUUCUUUGUAUGUGUUAGUUUUGUGGGUGUUUCUCCAUCAUUUUAAAUGUUUUUUAUUGUUUGUUAGUUGUAAAAUAGAGUUUUAAAUUGGCUCCAAAGAGUUUAAGCCAGCUUUUUAAGCCUUAUGCUCUUUUCAUACAUCCUACCUUGUGGAAAGGGUGAAACUCAAUAAGGAGUAGUGAUCAUUUUGUAGUAUCUUGGUCCUCCUGUGCUCACUGUAAAUAUUGGGACAUUGAAAUCAAAUUGAUUAUUGUUACUGUUUUAUUCAAUGUUUUUGUGCAAGAGCAAAGACUCCUGCCAAAGAACACCAAGAAUUCCUGUUCAAAGCCCUGCACCUGACUGCAUCAGACCAAAUAAAACAAAAGUUCAAUGUUCCCACUACUCCAGCUCACCUAAAAUGAGUGAGGGCUGAACACAAAAAGUACUACAAUUCCAUAAUAAUCAAACACAUAUUCCUGAAAAUACCAUUAAAUAAAAGUAAGAACUUAGUACUUUUGUUGCAUAUCAUUGUUCUUAUUUCAGGAACAAUCCAAAGAGCUUGGAAAAAAAGAAAAUCUUAUUGUCCCAAUACUUAUGGCGGGCACUGAGGAGACCACGUGAAUUUUCUCCGUUAUUUUUGAUUUCUUUCAGAUUCCAAAAUUUUCAUUUUCUAUAUAUAAUCUAAAAAUUCAGACAUGUAGUACAUUAGAGAAACAAAAGUUAUGCCAAAAGAGACUGUGCUGAAAACUGUAGGGCAGCCUCCUCCCUUCUGCAAAAGCAGCUAGCACCCCAGUGCGACAUUCUCAAAGCCUAGGCACCCUUUCAUGGCUACUUUGAUCUUCUUUUUACUCAUGAUCUUGUAAAAGACAAAAAGAAGAAAAAGAGGAUAGAAAAGAAAGGCUGUUUUUCAGUACUUUUAAAUGAGAACAGGAAAAGGGGUUGCCCGGGCAAUCGAGUUACGGCUGUUCAUGUGACCACAGCACCGACUCGCACAUGGAGCAUGGCAUGCUGAGCAUCAUUGUUGAACUAGGACUGGUCCUACACUGUACUACAGGAAAAGAGUAUUGCAGACUAUAAAUUUCGGAUGUAUAUUUUAUGCUUACGCGGUCUUUCUCUGUUUUAUUAAUGCUUUAAUGAAAUACCGCAUUUCUAUUCUCAAUCCAGUUCCCAUCUGCAUACUGUAUUGACCGCUCAUUACUAUUUGAUGUAGUCACAGGACAAUAUGCCUCCGAGCAAAUAUGGUAUGAAUUUGCCCAAUUUGAGUUGUAGGGCCAUAAGAUGUAGCAUCAUUAAUGCUGUUAAUGCACUAGGCCAGUUCAUCACGUUCAUAGAUGGUGGGUUAUGCUUAAUUAAAGUUCAACAUGUGGCAAAGUAUGUAUUUCUAGAGAAAUCUCAUUUACAUGUUUUGAUAUUUUUCAUUGUUUUACAAAAUAUCACUCCUGCCCCUUACCAGCCAAUAAAGGUAUGGUGAACUUUGGAAGUGCUUAAAAGGAGAAAAAGAUUAGGAAGCUGGAUGUUUGUCCUAUGCUCACCAGAUGUCUAAGCAAAUAAGAAUAUCCCUUUGUUGGAAACGAAAGCACUAUGCUGUUGGAUAAAGGAGGAGCCUU